AUGAAAGGCCUCCGCUGGCGUUACACUCCACUGCCCAGCCAAGUGGAGGAUGCUCUGUCUGAGGAGCAGGGUGAGGAAGAGGAAGAGGAGAAAGAGGAGGAGGCAGCCCCAGCCCCUAUUGCUGAAGAUCUCACAGAGCCCCAGCUGACAGAAGCCAGCCAGGUUCUGGGAGCCUCAGAGAUUAGGCAGCUCAGCUUCCACCUCCCUUCAAGAGUCACUGGACAUCCUUGGAAUCUGGUUUGUACAUCGAGGGAUGGCUUUAGUCUGCGGAGCCUGUACCGGCAGAUGGAGGGCCAUAGCGGGCCAGUGCUGCUGGUGCUGAGGGAUCAGGAUGGGCAGACGUUUGGAGCCUUCUCCUCCUCAGCUAUCCGGCUCAGCAAAGGCUUCUAUGGUACUGGCGAGACAUUCCUCUUCUCCUUCUCCCCACAGCUGAAGGUCUUUAAGUGGACAGGAAGCAACACAUUCUUUGUGAAAGGAGACUUGGAUUCACUGAUGAUGGGCAGUGGCAGUGGCAAGUUUGGGCUGUGGUUGGAUGGAGACUUGUAUCAUGGAGGAAGCUACCCUUGUGCGACCUUCAACAAUGAAGUGCUUGCCCGGCAGGAGCAGUUCUGCAUCAAGGAGCUGGAGGCCUGGGUUCUGAGCUGA